AUGGCGAACGGCCAGCCCCUGCUCGGGGAGGGUGGGGCGUUGCUUUACGACACGGUAAACUCCUACUACUGCGGAGUCGCCCGCAUGGCUCUGCACGAGAACGACGUUCCGUUCAGGUCCGAGUACCUCAGCAUGCCCCGCCAGCACACAUCGCGCCCUGGUUCGCACGCCUCAACCCCGAGAUGCAGCUCCCAACCCUGCUGCUCCCGUCGGGGGCUGCCGUGACCGAGAGUCGCGGCAUCGUGACGCACGCCUACGGCGGCGGGCCGGGGAGUGCGGCGGAAGAGGAGGUGUUGGACUGGCUUUACAGGGAGGACGCGGGCAGCCUUGCCUGGCUCACCGGCCGGGAGAAGAUACCGCUGCUCAAGGUGGUGUUGGGGUGUGGUAUGCAGCGCCAGAUGGUAAAGACCUUCCAAAAGAUUCAGCAACAGGCUCCAGAUUUGCACGACGUGUACGCUGCAAAGAUGAAGAAGGUUUCCAAGAAGCACUUCUCGAAGGAAAUCGGGGACGUCGCGAGCCGCCUGGCAGAGACGAUGGGUCUGCUGGAGCGGGCGAUGGCUCGCAGUCCCGGCCCCUGGCUUCUCGGCUCGCAGUUUGGACGUGCGGACGCGGUGGCCGUCGUGUGGCUGCAGUGGGUGGCGAGGUGCAACGAGUAUGGCGCCGCGCCGGUCGCGAUGCCACAAGCUCUUGCGCGAUACCUCGAGCGUGCUAAGGAGCGUCCUGCAUACCAAAAGGCCCUCGGGCAGUAUGGCCGGGAUGCGUUCGUGCUGCACAUGAUCGCCAGGAAGAACCGCGUCAUUGGCAGCAUUUUGCUCGUGCUGGUGUCGGCCCUACUCUUCGCGCUGUGGCACGCGUGUGGUGGGCGCGUGUGA